CGACCCACGAGUGACCAGACGGACACAUGGCGGAAGCGGAGGCGCGGGCGGAACCCGGGCGUGCGGGGCUCGGUGCCCACCCGGACCUGUGUGGCGACUGCGCUGGCGGAACCCGUGCGCUCCGCGGUGGUUGCCGGCCGGGAGCCGUGCGGCGGCGGCCGGGGCGGAAGUGCGGCGCUGGCGGAGACGACCUGGCCUGGGCCAUGCAGACCCCGCGGACCAUUCCCGUGCCCGUGCCCGUGCUCCGCCUCCCUCGGGGCCCCGAUGGCUUUAGCCGAGGAUUUGCCCCUGAUGGACGCAGGACCCUCCUGAGGCCCAAAGCCGCAGAAGUCGGAGAAGGUAUUCAAGACCCUCCAGAGUCGCAGGAACAGCGGGCCCGAGCCGCUCUCCGAGAGCGCUACCUCCGCAGCCUCCUAGCCAUGGUGGGACACCCUGUGAGCUUCACGCUGCACGAGGGUGUGCAUGUGACUGCCCAGUUUGGAGCCACGGACCUGGAUGUAGCCAACUUCUACGUGUCCCAGCUGCAGACCCCCAUCGGCGUGCAGGCGGAAGCCCUGCUUCGAUGCAGUGACAUCAUUUCCUAUACCUUCAAGCUGUGAAGACCGUCCGUCUCCCUCGUAGGCAUUGCCACAUUAGCCCAGGCCUUCAGCUGUUUGUUCCUAGCCACAGAGCUCUCCCUCCGCACACCCUCCUCGGCUUCCAGAUGGAGCUGCAAGGAACCCUGGCUUUGAACUCAGGGAAGUUCCAAAGCUGAUAAUGUGGUGGGAAGAUGGUAAAUCCAAGGCCAGCCCAUGCUACAGUGGGAGACUACAACAGACUUUCUAGAUCUCUCUACAAGGAAUGCUCUACCUCUUAAAACUGAACUUUACAGAAGCAGGGCCGGAGGCUAGUCCCUGGAGGCCGGGUGA